AUGGAUGAUAAUAUCACUUUAAGAUCAAAACAACUAAGUGAUUUGCAAGAAGAUAUUAAAGAUAUCGAUAAAGAUAUUACUUUAAUAUUACAAAGUCUGCAAUGGGAUCGAAAGCAUUUAUUGCAGAGCAAAAAAAUGGUGACAUGCAAGUAUAAUAAUAACCACCAAAUACCAGAAGAUACUAGAAGUAAACACGAGGAGAAAUGUCUUCUUAAAUCCCAGGGUUAUCAUGAUGAAGAACUAUUUUUACCAGAACCUUUGGACCCUAAUGCUGAUACCGUUGUCAAAUUUUCCGCUGACAAUAUUAAUGCCAUAAUAAGCUAUGCUAUGAACACAGAUCCGCUUUUCAAGAGAAGCAGUACCCCAGUGGUCCAGUGUGAGUGUGUGCCGUUGUCUCUGUCGCGUCUCCAGACCACCUUCACCGCUGAUGAGCGUCGUGCGCUCCACGACGCCGCGGUGUCCGCCGCGCCGCUCACACUACACACACACGACCUGGACCUCACCGGGUCAUGCGGGGUGUCUGCAGAGAGCGGAGUCUCCGGUGAGUCUCGCCUGCAGCAGCUGGCCGCGGCCCGAGACGCUCACCGCCGCCGCGCGAAGCACCGACGAGCCGUCACCUGCUACAAGGAUGAGCUGCGGGCUCUCAUAGACUCACAGAUGGAUUUGUUAUAUGAACAACAGAAUGCGAGCAAAGAUGAAACAAUCGUUGAGAACGAAAGAAAUAGUCAGAGUGAUAAUGGUGACGACUACAGAAGAAACGAGAAAGAUAAUGAUGAUAAAGGUUCACGAUACAGAGAUGAUCACAGAGAAAAGAGAAAAUAUGAGAAUGACAGAGAAUGUAGAAGCAGGAGUGACAGGAGAGAGAAGAGAAGUUAUGAUGGACACGACGACCGACGACGACAAUAUACUAAGGAUUAUAUAAAAAUAAAACAAGAAAGAGACGUGGAACAUGAUGGAAGAAGAAGAAGUAGAGAGAAGAGAACAUAUGAGAACGAUAGAGAUCACAGAUAUAAAAAUGAAUCAAGAGAAAAAUACAACACGAAUUAUGAUCAUAAAGACAAGAGUGAUCGUCGGAAUGAUAAACCUUACGUAAAAAUAAAACAAGAGAAUGAUGGAGGAAGUAGGAACAGUAGAGAUGGACACAGGGAGAAGAGACGACACGACAGAGAAUACAGAGAGAAAUAUGAACCGAGAGAGAAAGAGAAGAGAAGAUAUGAUCACACUGACGAGUAUCAACGAUACUAUGACGGAGGCAGAAACAUAAAGAGGGAAAAAGACGGCGAAUACGACACGAGGAGAGAAGAAAGAGAUGGAAACAGCGAUCGAGGAAGACACAGAGAUAGAGAUGAUAAGAGACGUCAUAGACAUGAGGCGACAGGGAGAGGGAGGGAACGGAGUGGAGACAGGAGCAGACAGACAUACGAUAGAGAAGAGAACGUUAGAGUGAAAGAAGAACCAGCGUGGGACGGGUACGAAUAA